AUGUUGUUGAAUCAAGUAUUACCUAAGUUAGCAACAUCAACAUUAAUGGAUGGUUCUGGUAAUAUGAAAGAUGAUGCUAUUGUGUAUGAGGCUGCUUCUAAUAAUAACAAAAAUGAUGGUGUUCAAAAAUGUAUAUCUGAGGAAAAGGAUGUGGAAGAUAGCGACAUACGUGAGAAUGUUGGUUAUGAUAUUAUUGAAGAUGAUAUUUCUAAGACAACUAUCUCCAUAUGUGGUUUGGAAGAUUGUGAAGAAAGUGAAGAUACUUGCAAUGUUAUUGAAGUUGAUUCUUUUAAAAAAUCAUAUGUUGGAUCCUUAAUAACACUAAUGACACGUUGA